CUCCAAGGUCCCUUCCAUCUCUGUUAUUCUGAAGUCCACGCAUCUUAAAAGUUGCCAAGGUUGGGAAACACUGUGGUAGGCCACAAAGAGAAGAAAAAGAAGGGACAAACAACGCAAUAAAGAAUUCCAGAUGUGACCCCAGAAGAAGCUGACCCAAACUCCAAGAUCUUCCUGGAGGAUCUCUACAAAAAAAGGUCCUGAAUGGCUCCCUGAUUUCAAUCCAUUUCUCUUUUGUAUUCAUUUCAGCUCCCAGUCUCAGGGCAACCCAGCAACUUUGCAUCUUCUUCCUCCCUUCUGAGAUGCAUGGAGGGAGAAAUUCUUUCAUGACUGGGAGCCUGGAUCAUCUCAGGCAUGUCCAAUCUCUGCCCGCCGAGGGAGAUGGGUGACUCUCGUCCUGUUGGCUCCCUUCUUUUCAAAGGCCAUGGGGAGAGGAGACAAAACUGGUGGCCUGCCUGUCCCCCCCAACUAAGUGGGGACAGUGGCGAGCGUGGCAGCUGCACAGCCCAGCCUGUCAAAAAGUGGGCUAUCAAAUCGGAAAGCAAUUAAAGACCUCAGCGGCGUUUGCUCCAGGCUGGCUUCAGGCUGCAGGGAAACUGCCACAACACAUCACAUACUAGUGGAUGCUGUCCCCGGGACCCGCAGGCAGCUUCCUGCCUCCCACCUGGCUGGCAGGGGCACCCCCCCCCCCAUCUCACCAAACAGCCCCUCUUGGCUGGUGGAUAAGCAGAAUGGUUUGUCAGACCCAAAUGAUCUGUCAGGACAAUCUUCUCCCGCCGGAGAAGAAGCAUGACCAGGGACUCAGGGCAGAGUGGGGAGGGGGGGGAGAGGACCUGCUGGCUGACCCCACCUUCUGGGAUCCAGCCCCCCCCCUCCGAAGCCAAGCGGGGGCACUGACCCAGCCUCCUGAUGGGGCUGUUUGCCCGUAAUUCCUAAACCAAUUUGUCAUCAAUUUGUCCCAGCGUUAAGGCGGCUGGUCCUCCAAGCCCAAAGCUAGAGAAUUAGCAUGGACGGACCCCCCCGGGCGUCUUUCACCUGGUCAGGUUUUGAGUGAAGAGAAAGUGCUGGAGAUUUAUUAUGCUCCAUGUACUCUUUUUAAAAAUAGAGAUAUGUGCGCUAAUUGAAGGGGAGGUGGGGAGCAGGCUGUCAGGUCAUCGUUGGGAGAAUCAAAGAAGGGACUUUUAGCUCACCAGAGGUGCUUUGUGGUUCAUCCGUUGCAAAAAGGAGGGGGGGAAGGAAACAAUCACCGUGCUGUGUUGUUGGUUGGUUGUUUUUUUUUAAUCCCUUGUUAUGCUCCAGCUUCCUGGCCGAUUCCCAUGACGCUUUUCAAACGAGCGAAGUGUCUUGUACUUCGUGUCCCCCUAAUCACAGAAAGCAUCCCGUCGCCAUUGAAACGCACGCGACUAAAAGCCCAAAUGCUUUUAAUUUUUCAGGAGUUGCCCUGGAAGUCCAGAGUUUUGAAAUGCAGAUUGUCCUCGAAUUACGACCGAGUGACCCUUUGAAGUUACAGAUGACUAGAAAAAGAGGAACUCAGCAAUCAAUAAUGUGAAGAAUGAGGGAAGCAGACAAAUUAAGAUGGAGAAACUGAAAAUAUCCUUAGCUGGGAGUAGCGCAGCAUGUGACCAACACCUUCCUGAAAGGGGCUGGAGCAAGCCAGGCCGUGCCACAACGAUGCCUCAAAGCCACACACGUGCAGUCAGUAUAUACCUCCCGCAUCAUCAACUCGUGAGGCUUCUCAGUUGCACAGACAGCACCAGGCAGCGCGGCGGGAGGGCAGAGGUCCUGCUUCAGAGAGUAAGCUGCAGAUCCGAGCAAGCUGGGGAGAAGGGCUGACUGCCUGGUGCCCAGCAAGGGAUCCCUGGAGUUUGGUUUGGUUGGAAGCAGCCAUGUCAAAGGAUGAAGCAGGUUGUAAGUUGGCCCCGGUCUACAAGCACAAGGAACGCAAGCCUAAGAAGCCCCAUUACAUCCCCCGUCCCUGGGGAAAGCCCUACAAUUACAAGUGCUUCCAGUGCCCAUUCACUUGUAUGGAGAAAUCGCAUCUCUACAACCACAUGAAGUACAGCCUGUGUAAGAAUUCCUUGUCUCUGCUAAUCGAAUCGGACUGGUCCUACAAGAAAGGAGGCCUUCUCCAUCCAGAACUUCGGCUCUUGCAAGCCACAGAGACUUCUCAGCUCCGUGGGAGGCGAGAGGAGCCUGAGACAUAUGACCCGAUGGGGAUGGAGGCCACUCACUCCAAACAUGAAGCAGAGCGAGAGGGUGGAGAAGGCAAGACCACAGGGACAGAAGAUGUGGCCUGCUCGGAAAGGAUGAGUGAUGAAACCAGCCAGUUCCAAGAAGAAGAGGAGGAGGAGGAGGAGGAGGAAGAAGAAGAGUUGUCUAGGUUCUUGCAGGAGGUAGACACAGCUGAGAAGAAGGUCAAGGAAACCCUAUCUGCUGGGGAGACCUCUGAACCAGAUGUGAACACCCUCCUUUUUCAGCUGAAAAACAAGCAGGAGAAGGCCUCCAAAGAUCCUACCCCUGACUUCAUCAUCACGGAUGUUUUCUCCUUAAAGAAGCACAUGUCCAAAGGAAAGGAGAUGGCCUCUAUGGAAUUGGACCCCAAACCAAAGCAUUGCAAAAUGCCCUCCAAAUGUUCAGGAAGCAGCGGGGUCUUCAUGGAACAAUGGAAACUGGUGGCCAACGGGCAGCGGAGAAGCACCACUGGGGUUCUGGCUCCCUGCACCGAUGGCAACGUCAUCCCUUGUUACCCUCCUCCAGCUUACGGUGAUUUCCACGAAUCUCAAGGCCUCAACUUCUCUCUGCUGGGGAUCAACUACCCCCUGGCUCCCAACCUCUUCUCCUAUUUCAGCCCUUCGGUGACCAAUGGGGCCACUUCCCAUUCCCACUUGGCCCAAUUCCCCUUCCUGGCCUCCACAGCCCAGCUGAUGCACCCCCAUUCGGCUCACUUCCAGUCCUUGCAGAGCCCCGACAGGUCCACUUUCCUUCCACGCUUCUACUACCCUCUGCUUUUUGAACAUUCCUUCACUUCGGCAGAAAGCAAGAUGGCGCCCACUAAGCCAGACACUCAGCAACUGCCUGCCGCAGCCAUACCUGCGCCCCUCCAGCCCCAGAUCUCCACGGACCCCCCAAAAGGAGGCGUGUUGAAAGCACCAGUGCUGAAGACAGACCUUCCUUGGGUGAAAGGUUGCCGUGAAGACCCUCUCCCUGAGCAGGGCCACAAAAGAUUGCUACUGCAGGAGGAAGAGAAGAAAUGGCUGGUCCAUGAGAGGGAAAGCUAUUCCUUGCUGGCUACUGGCCAUCUCUGCAGAAAGUCAUCUCCUGAGGGUUACCAUGGUCUCCUAGGCAUAAAAGAGGGGGCUGCUGUUCUCCACAACAGCGUCAAGAAGCCAGAGAUCACAGGAGCUGCUGGUCUGGACAAUGGUGGAGUCACCCCAAGUAACCUGAAGAGGAAAUUUGCCAAAAGCGGCCUUCAUUUGGCAAGCUCUGAUAUGACAACACCUGAAAACGAGAUCUAUCCACCCAGCAGUGGUUUGCAAGUUACACCCAGACAAGCUUCAAAGUCCAUGGACCACUGGCAGGUAGAACUUCAUGAACAUCACUCUGAAGGCCAGGAGAAAACCGGGACCUACGAGAUGAUUACCGCUUCAGACCAGCCCGUUUUAAAACCAAGCAACGAUCAAACCAUAACUGUUGAUCCAAGAGACCAAGAGAUGACCACCGUGCUCAUUGGAGACUUGUCAAAAACCUUAGAAGAAUAUCAAGAGGUAGAGAAGAAGCUCUCCCAUUUGGCAAAAGAGGACACUCCUGCACAGAAGCAACUUAGGGACCAGUUAGUCAAAGUCCGGCAGGAACUUUUCCAUAUCCACCAGGCGCUGGAGAAGGCAAACAAGUUCAGCGAUGAUCCUUUGGAUCUCUCAGUGAAAAGGUCUUCAAAAAAUCCGGAGAAAAGUCACCAAGACAAGAAAGAGUCCAAGGUUGCCAUCCAAGGAGAGAAGGUCCAAGGCAAAGACCUGGGUUCCACCAAUAAAUGUUUGGAGAUGGGUGAAGCUGGUCUAGAAGAGAGAUCAGAUGGUUUCCUUGAGACUCAGAACAAAACCAUCGACCUGCUAAUCAAGAUGAGCCAUUCCAAAAACAUCCGAAAUUCCUCUUCCGAGACCCACCUGGGAGCUGUAAUCAAAGCCGAAGUGCUUCCCCUUAACGUCCCACUCGAAUUCAGGCAUGUAAUGGAACCUUACUAUAGCCAUACUACCAAAUGUGAGGCGGAUUCCAGUGUCCUGCUCUGCAGCGAUGGAAGAGCAAAUGGCAACCAAGCCCCACCACUUUCUGUGACUGAAGAAGCUCCAUUAGGAUGCCGGGCAAUUCCAUGUUCUUUGUCCUGCAAUUUGCCCAGUGAGACUGGUGAGGUGUAGAGUCCAAAACUUCACAUUUGCCCUUUGAGCCAGAAGAAACAGACAUUCAAAUCUGGAAACCCCCUGGUCCAUCACUGUAGUGUUUCGAACUUGGAGGAUCCAGAUGGUUUAUAAAGCAUUUCUCGUCCACAUUUUAUGAAUGACAUGCGAGUUGUUGGCAAGGUCUAUUUCUCCAUUAACGUCUCUCAUUGCAUCUGCAGGGGAAGGGGACAACUCACCACGGGGCAAACCACUACCGCCAACUCGCUACGGGACAAGAGUUACACUCAUACCGAAGAAAUAGUGGAAUAGAAUUGUGAAAGGAAGGAUGCCCAAGGAGAGACAAAACGAAAUGGGAAUGACAAAAAUUGAAACAUUUUAAAAUUAUUUUCAAAUAAUUGUAGAAUUGUCCCGUGGCAAAUUGGCCAUGUCAAGUUGUCCCGUGGCGUUGGCUGCGGUAAGUUGGCCACAGCAAGUUGACUGUGGCAAGUUGAUUGUGGCGAGUUUUUCGUAGACCUGGACAGGGUGAGUGCAGUGGGAAGAGAGAGUAAGAGAGGGGUGACAAGUUUUUUCAGAAGGACAGGUGCCUUUGCAUUCUAGAAGGUCCAAUCCAUCUUUUCCCCUGGCCAAUUGAGCAAAAUGCAUUGUCUGAUGCCAAAUCUUCUCCUUGGGAUCAAAGCUAGAGCUAUUUCUGGAUAUCCUUCUUGUUCCCAAGAAUUCAGCGCCCAUGAUAGUCCUUCUGAUCCAAAUAAAAACUGCUGCAAGAUAAAUUGCGGAUUAACUACAGUCCCAGUUGCCUUUUUUAAAAGCAGAAAACGUUUAAAGAACUUGCAUGAGAAACCACGGUUCUUCAGAAUCCGCUAAGUUCCUGAACAAUUGUCCAGGUUCCUCUAAAUGGAUCCCAUUCCUAGCCCCUGCUUUACUUUAAAGUCUUCUUUUGAUUUAAAUUCUUCCUCCAGAAUUCACCAUAUAAAUUGUCUCAGUUUUGAACAAGGAUGGGGAACCAUUUAAUUAUUAUUUUUUUCCUGCAGCUUUGUAAAGGCUAGUAGAGCACGCUUCUAAGCUUUUCUCCUUCUUGACAAGCUUUUGCACGAGAGAUCAUCUUCUAGACAUUGCAGAUUGAUUUAAUCAUCCCUGCUCCAGGCAUAAUCGUGCUGGCUUUUUCACAAACGAGUUAGACCUUUCCAAGCAAAAUCUCUGCCCUCAAAUUAGAGGGAUUGAGAAGACAGUUACACUGGACCUCGUCAAACUUUCCACCUUCUGUAAGACAAAAUGAUUAUAGAAAAGGAAGCAAGGCUCUCUUGGAGACAACUGGAGAACUGGUUGACCUACUAGCUUUCUAGCUAAACAUCGGUAGGACAGUUUCCUGAAUCAAGGGUUUCCUGUGCUCUUUGAUAUUUUUCUGAACAUUGCAAAAUGCCUACUAGAAGUAUCAAUGACCAACCAUCUCAGUGAGUAGCACUGGAGUAUCAGUACAGGCACCCAACACCAGUGGUGGGAUUCAGCCAGUUCAUAACACUUCAGCAGAACCGGUAGCUAAUUUUUUUGUUUCCCAGGCCCAGAACGGACUUGUGGAAGCGGCAUCCACCCAGAGCACCGCUUGUUCACAUAUUUGAAUCCCACCACUGGCCAAAACUAACAUUCAUCAGCACAGAAUUCAACGCUUUUGCUGAGGAUGCAGUAAUAAUGCACUUCUGAAGUUGAGUGUGAAGGCACACAAAAAUUAGGGAUGAAAUAAAAGCAUCCACUGCAGUAUUUUGCUUUUCUUUCGUAAGGGUUCCUUGUCAUCAGACUGAAUUGUGUUAUGCCCCGAUGACAUACCCAUCGCUCUAACCAUCUCUGAAAAGUAACCCUUCAGUCAACGCUGGGGCAAAUUUCCACUGCACUUGUUGUGUCAACCACUGACAAUCACUAGUGGAGAAGGUGUGUCCUAAGGUUAUUUAUUUAUAAUGUGGAAUGGUGUUCUGAGGAGAGAGAAUGAGAGAGAGCAUUCACGUGUUAUUUAUUGUCCACCGUUACAAACUUGUACAAAAAUAUAGACAGUUAAAUUAAAAACAUUUGGAAGUUAA